AUGGCAUCCAUCCACACCACUCCCGAUCAAAUCUCUCCUGAAGACUUGGUCGAUACCCUCGAGUUACUGCCUCUGCUUGACGAAUCCGCCAAUGGCACACACGGGACUGGGUCAGAAGUCACAGCCGCGACGACACAACAACACCAGGCACAUGCCGUCACCCCGGGGACUGAGUCACAAGUCACAGCUCUGACGCAACAACACCAGGCAACUGUCGCCACCCCGGGGACUGGGUCAGAAGUCACAGCCGCGACGACACAACAGCACCAGGCAACUGUCGCCACCCCGGGGACUGGGUCAGAAGUCACAGCCGCGACGACACAACAACACCAGGCACAUGUCGUCACCCCGGGGACUGGGUCAGAAGUCACAGCCGCGACGACACAACAACACCAGGCACAUGUCGUCACCCCGGACACGAAACCUUUCGAGUGCCCAGCGUCUGGCUGUAGCGCCCGCUUCACUCGUUUCGACUCUGCCAAGCGUCACAUCUGCACGUCGCACAAAGGUGCUGACGUUGCUGACCUUCUGCAAACGUUCAAGAAUAACAGCAACGAGGUUGCCAUUGUGUACCCAUGCCCCGAGAACACAUGUACACAGACCUUCAGCAGCAGACAGGCGCUCUCCAGGCACCAACUACGCGACCACGGAAAACAGAAGGCGCGUGGUCAUUUUCAGUGCCGGAGCGGUUGCGCAGAUGCUGCGUUUUGUACCGCGAAGGAACUCAUGCAGCAUGUUAUUACGGAUCACGACGCCUCAUGUUGUGUCGUGCGUUACUACGCCUCGUGGAGCAGGUUCGAGUCGUGCAUCGCCGCGGCAGAGUGUGACGACUUUGCCCUCGUCGAUUACGUCAAGCGUGACCACACCUGCUGCUUCCCACCAAAAGCUGCCGCGUGGGGCCUCGAACAUGUACAGGUGGAAGAAGAAUUCGUCCGGACGUGCUCUCGGCAUGGCAAUGAGCGACCAUAUCAGGGCACAAUCCGCGCUCACCGUGCAAAGGCGCCAAAACCUGUUGGGUGUUGUCCAGCAAUGAUGUGGGGGCAGGUCUGCAAAGGCGGGCGAGUGCGGGUGGUGAUGUUCAACUACCACUCACAUUCGAAGGACCUGCGUCACCUACAGCUGCCAGGCGUGUUUCGUGCAGAAGUGGCACGUCUCCUUCGUGUCUCGGCGUCUUACACGGCCAUUUAUCAUCAGGUGAAGGCGACCUUUUCCUCGCAUCCACGUAUCAGCAUUUUCAAGCAAGCGCAUGUCUACAACGUUGCUCAGGAGUACGAGCCUGGGCGCUUUGAUGCGGAUGACGCCGCUUCUGUGUGGUACGCUGCACAAAUCUACAACAAGGAGGCUGGCGAGCACACCCCGGUCAUCACAGCCUUGAAGCUUCAAGGUCAGGAGGCGUUUGAGUUUGGCGGGCCCGAACAGCGCGCCUCAGGCGAUUUCCCGCAAGAGUCACUAUUCAUCCUUGUGCAGACUGAGUGGCAGCGACGCGUGCUCAAGGAGUGUGGGCAUCGUGGCAUUUUUCUUGACUCAACACAUGGCACAAACAUGUACGACCACCCGUUGAUUAGCGUGGUGGUCGAAAGCGUCUAUGGAUGGGGAAUACCUGUGGCGCACGCCAUUGUGAGUCACGAGACGAUCGGCGUCGUCGCACACUUUCUACGGAAAGCGGUUGCAGACCACGGUAUCACUCCAUCGGCCGUGAUCACGGAUAAGACGUUUGCCGAAGGUCGCGCCGUGGAUGAGGCACUUCCCAACUCUCGCUGGCUUCUUUGCCAGUUUCACGUGAAGCAAGCUUGGAAAUCGGGGCGUGCUGACUACCUGCUGCGCCGCUUGCUCUCAUUCGCGGAGGAGCAAAGACAGAAGGUUCUACACGCUCAAGUCAAUGGAGUGGUUACGAAGGCACAACGCUGCGCGUCAUCGGCACUCAGCAUCGCUAAGCAAGCGGGUCCAAGUGUUGAUCGCACCAGUGACUUGUCGUUCACAGUGUCAUUCCCUGACAAGGACCCAAAGGCUGUCACCAUGAGAGCUGCGUUUACGUGCGAGUUCUGCUCCCGCGCUGACUGCAUCCACGUCUAUGAGUGCGUGUGUCCUGCGUACAAGGGCUCUCCCCCUGUAUGUAAGCACACGGCUGCGGUUUUCAUUCACACGACGGGCAGCACCGACCGAGCCACAUCAUUUCCCGUCGCUGCCCCAACGCCAGAACACAAACCAAGCCGGCACACAGGGCGAACCAAAGAUCGCGUGAAACAGCUCAUGCGCACCAUGUCGCGGCAGCUGGACGAAAUCACAGAAUACCCCUCGGGGAUUGUCGUUGACCUUGAGGACAUUUGCACUCUCAUCGACCGCCUCACGGACAGGAUCUCCAUCAUUGCCGACGGGCAGAAGCGAUGUCGACAAGCGGGCAUCAAGCAGGAACACCCCCGGAAAAGAGUGAAGACACUGGCCCCGUCGAGACUGCGGCUGUUCCCUGUGCGCGGCCGCAGGGGAGGCAAGAAGGCGGCAAGCACUCGGGAGGGCGCGAGGAAACCGCUGUUUCAUGAUGCGUGGCAACCGAAGUCGGAGUCAAAUGACGCGGAGCCCGCAGUGCAAGGUGCCCAGCGAACGGAGCCAGUUUUCAAGGAACAGCAGCUCCAACCUCGCGGCGAGGCCUUGAGGCAGCGAAAUGAUGUCACUGAUGGCACCCACGAGCAGCAAGCCCUCAAAACAUCAAGCAGAUGA